AUGGACGCUGUGUUUAUACCUUCUGCCAGCCCUCUGGGUUUAUCUUGUGGAUCUAUUCUCAUGGAGUCGGUUGAGCUAUCCAGCACAUCACUGGCUGAAGCAAUGUUCGAGAAACUCGGUCUUCCUAAACCAGUGUAUUUUGUGCAUCAUCUUUCACAAGAUCGAUUUAGAACAGAGAUUCAAUUUCACCGCACAAAAGCACGGUACGAUGCUUCAGCGCGCCGGACUAAAGUAUCAAGCCGUACAUGUCAGAAUGGGGUAGCAUCAAUGAAUCAUGCACUCGAUAAGGCCAUCGAAUACAUGCAGAACAGAGAGGGUAAGGUGCUUGUGGACUAUAACUAUUAUCAGCUAGAGCAAAUGAAAAUGGCACAUACAAGAUUAUCAACCAGGUUGCCAGAACAGUCAGAUGAAAUCAACCAGCACAUCAAAACCAUCAAGCAGAUAACUAAAGAAGCAUGCAACUAUGUGGAACAAGUGCGCAAUGCAUCAAACAGAAUACAAGACCUUGCUGCCGUUUUCUUGGACCCUGCUACCUCAAUGUGUGUUUCUAAUAUGAAGCAAGCUAUCAUGGAGAUUCACAGUUCAAUUGUCGUGCUUCAAAGCUCUACAACUACGACAUCUCGGUUCCUAGAGGAAAAAGGCAUGUACUCAGAUGAUGAAGUGCCUGAACAAAGCUACAGUGGUCACUUAGAUGAAGAUUCAGCCGAUGAUAUUCAUCAACACCUGGAUGAUGACUAUGUCCCAUCGCCAUGA